UAAACCAAAAAAGCUUCAAUCUUUCUUCACUUCCCACUCAAAAAGGUUCCACCUUUCUCCGAUUAUGCCGACGUCUGACUCCGGUGAACCACGGCGAAUACCCAUGAAACCUCACGGCGUUACAGUUCCGACUUCUGACCAGCAAGAACAGCUUCCAUGUCCUCGUUGUGACUCAUCCAACACUAAGUUCUGUUACUACAACAACUACAACUUCUCUCAGCCUCGUCACUUUUGCAAAGCUUGUCGUCGUUACUGGACUCACGGUGGUACUCUCCGUGACAUUCCUGUCGGCGGUGGUACUCGCAAAAGCGCCAAACGUUCCCGUACUUGCUCCAACUCUUCUUCCUCCUCUGUUUCUGGUGUUAACUCCAACUCUAACGGCGUUCCGUUACAAACGACGCCUGUUCUCUUCCCUCAGUCGUCAAUCUCUAACGGCGUUACUCACACCGUAACUGAAAGCGACGGAAAGGGAAGUGCUUUAUCUCUCUGUGGAAGUUUCACUUCUCUGUUGAACCAUAACGCUGCUGCGACGGCUACACAUGGAUCCGGUUCGGUUAUUGGUCUCGGAGGAUUUGGAAUCGGACUCGGGUCCGGUUUUGAUGACGUCAGCUUUGGACUUGGAAGAGCGAUGUGGCCGUUUUCUACUGUUGGUGAUGCUGCGACGACGAAUGUAGGAAGUAACGGUGGUCAUCACUCUGUUCCGAUACCAGCCACGUGGCAGUUCGAGGGUUUAGAGAGUAACGCCGGUGGUGGAUUUGUCUCUGGUGAGUACUUUGCGUGGCCGGAUCUUUCCAUCACAACACCAGGAAACUCACUCAAAUGAGAAAAGCUAUGUUUUUACCAGAGGGUUUCAAGUUUCUUCCUUUUUUUAGUUUCUAUUGGCUUGUGAUGUUGAUCUCUUAGUGUGUCUUGUCAUUUUAGUUCGGAAACUAGAAAACAGUGAAAGUUUGUGUUUUUUUUUGGGUCUGUGUUCUUAACUUUGGUACUCCUCUGUUUCACAAGUGA